AUGCCUGCUUUGAGUAAUCCUAACAUACCUAUUACACAACGAACUGUAAUUAAAUGUUGCUGCGGCAAAGUUUGUAAAGGCAAUCGGGGUUUGAAAAUGCACCAGCGUAGCUGUCAAGUCUUACAUGGGCUAAACAACGAUCUGCAUCUUCACGAGCAAAUUGCAGAUAACCCUGAGAAUAUCAUAACGGACGACCGGCCACUCACCACACAGUCAACUUUAGACAGUGAAGUAAUAACUCCUGAUCUAAAGAAAGGCAUAAAUCUUCCGAAGAAGGACUCUGAAUAGGAAACGGCCAACGAUUAUUUUAAAUUUGCAAUCCCUUUUAAUGGACCAACCAUAUCGCAAGAUUUCAAUUCAAGCAUAAGGCAUUUAAAUGAUACUACAUAUAAUUACUUUGUUGAUAAUUUUGGAAAUGUUGAGACGGCCCUCGAUGAGAAACUCGUAGCAAAGUAUAAAGAUAAUCUAUAAAGGAUCUAAAGAAGGCUUUGAACAAUCUAAAGUCCACAUAUUCGGAGGUAGCCGAAAUAAAAUAUGUGUACGUGUCUCGUAUUCUGCGCAAUAAGCUUCGUAACCAUGGUGACAUUCAGAGAGACUCCAACCGAAACAACUCGUUUAAUCACGACAAAUACGUGGAAAGAAAUUUUUUGGGUUUUAUUAAAACCGUUUUAAAUAAGGAAGAUGCUGUGUUCCCAUCCUUCAGCAUGACAGAAUGUGCGGUUUAUUUUACUAAAACUUUAGCUGCAGUUCACCCUGGCAAACUGUUUCAUAUUCCAAGCUGGAUUCCUAGGUUAUCUGAUCCGCAAGUGGAAUUUGACCUUGACCCGCCUUCAUACCAACAAGUUACUGCUGUUAUCCGUAAAAUGAAAGCAUCUGGUUCUCCUUGUCCUCUCGAUCAAAUAUCAGUCAUAUGCUUUAAGCGAUGUCCUUACCUAAGAACUUAUUUAACUGAACUAAUACGCUCUGUCUGGCUUUCAGGAUCUAUCCCGAGUGAAUGGAAGAGAGCUUGCACUAUACUUAUUCAUAAGAAAGGCAACACGAGUAUUCCCUCAAAUUUCCGACCGAUCACACUCGAAUCUAUACCGCUUAAAGUAUUUACAUCAUGUCUGCGUAAUGCAAUGUACUCCUUUCUCAGCGCCAAUAACUUUAUAGAACAUAACAUACAAAAAGGCUUCACCCCAAAUCUGUCUGGUACUAUGGAACAUACUUCGCAAAUGGCUAAUAUAAUAAACAAAGCUCGGAUAAAACAACGUUCACUUGUCAUCACACUACUUGACCUCAAAAACGUUUUUGGAGAAGUUCAUCACAACUUAAUCCAAUCUGUCCUUGGCUAUCAUCACAUCCCUAAUCACAUGAAUAAUUUAAUAAAAAGCUUAUACACUGAUUUUAAAACUUCCGUAAUUACGUCUGAGUUCCGUACCCAUUUUAUACCUGUUGGCCGUGGUGUAUUGCAAGGUGGCUGUCUUAGUCAUCUACUAUUUAAUAUGUGUUUCAACACAUAUAUUCAACAUAUCAAAGCUGAAAAGUACCGUCAGUUCGGUUUCUCCCUCCAACUUCUUAAUCCAAUCCACUGGUUUCAGUUUGCCGAUGAUGCUGCGGUUAUUACUGGUCAAUAG